UACCUCGCAUCAGGACCAGUCUGACUGCACCUGCAUCCUUAGCUCAGAGCAUCCCUGGAGCAUCUUAAGAGGCGAGUGCAGCUAGCAACCAAGGGACUGGACCGUCGCGUCUGCCAGAUACCUUCCCCCUCCCCUGACCCAGAGCUCUACAGCAGCGCCCUCGGUACUGACCGGGAGUUCCCAGAGUUGUCUGACCAUUGCAAAAGCAUUCAUAGCAACAGCCUCUGAUUACGACAUGGCCGAGAUCACCAAUAUCCGACCUAGCUUUGAUGUGUCACCAGUGGUGGCUGGCCUCAUUGGGGCCUCUGUGCUGGUGGUGUGUGUCUCGGUGACCGUCUUUGUCUGGACAUGCUGCCACCAACAGGCAGAAAAGAAGCACAAGAACCCACCAUACAAGUUUAUUCACAUGCUUAAAGGCAUCAGCAUAUACCCAGAGACCCUCAGCAACAAGAAGAAAAUCAUCAAAGUACGGAGAGACAAAGACGGCCCUGGGAGGGAAAGUGGACGUGGGAACCUGUUGGUGGACGCAGCAGAGGCUGGCUUGCUGAGCCGAGACAAGAGUCCCAGGGGGCCUAGCUCUGGAUCUUGUGUAGAUCAAUUACCUAUCAAAAUGGACUAUGGGGAAGAACUGAGGAGCCCCGUUAUGAGCCUGACCCCCGGGGAGAGCAAAACCACCUCCCCGUCAUCUCCAGAGGAGGAUGUCAUGCUAGGAUCCCUCACCUUCUCAGUGGACUAUAACUUCCCAAAAAAAGCCCUGGUGGUGACAAUCCAGGAGGCCCAUGGGCUGCCAGUGAUGGAUGACCAGACCCAGGGCUCUGACCCUUACAUAAAAAUGACUAUCCUUCCUGACAAGCGGCAUCGGGUGAAGACCAGAGUGCUGCGGAAGACCCUGGACCCUGUGUUUGAUGAGACCUUCACCUUCUAUGGCAUCCCCUACAGCCAGCUGCAGGACCUGGUGCUGCACUUCCUUGUCCUCAGCUUUGACCGUUUCUCCCGAGAUGAUGUCAUUGGGGAGGUCAUGGUGCCACUGGCUGGGGUGGACCCCAGCACAGGCAAGGUACAACUGACCAGGGACAUCAUCAAGAGGAACAUUCAGAAGUGCAUUAGCAGAGGGGAGCUCCAGGUGUCUCUGUCAUAUCAGCCUGUGGCACAGAGAAUGACAGUGGUAGUCCUCAAAGCCAGACACUUGCCGAAGAUGGAUAUCACCGGUCUCUCAGGUAAUCCUUAUGUCAAGGUGAACGUCUACUACGGCAGAAAGCGCAUUGCCAAGAAGAAGACCCAUGUGAAGAAGUGCACUUUGAACCCAGUGUUCAAUGAGUCUUUCAUCUAUGACAUCCCCACUGACCUCCUGCCUGACAUCAGCAUCGAGUUCCUUGUCAUCGACUUUGAUCGCACCACCAAGAAUGAGGUGGUGGGAAGGCUGAUCCUGGGGGCACACAGUGUCACAGCCAGUGGUGCCGAACACUGGAGAGAGGUCUGCGAGAGCCCCCGGAAACCUGUGGCCAAGUGGCACAGUCUGAGCGAGUACUAAUCCUGUUCUCCUUGCCUCUAACCCCGGGGCCACGCUGGGGAGGGACGUAGUGGGGAGAGAGAUGACAGAGAAGUGGACUCAAAACCUCAUUUUAGUUGUAGAAGAAAAUUUCUUACAAAACAAACCCCACAAGGAACACCCCAUAUGAUCACAGUCGCAGAUCAGUUCUUAGCAAUGAUGAUUUUUUGCAAGGCACUAGAAAUUCUUUUUUUUUUAAGGGGGGGGAAAAAGAGAGGGAAAGACCCUUACAAGUCUAUAUAUAACAAUGUAACCUUAUACUUGCAUGUCUAAUCAAACUGAAGAAAUUAGCCUAACAGCCAAUAUCAAGUUGCUGAUUUUAAUCCAUGAAAAUUGUGUUUUGUGCCGAAUUGUAUUUGCUGAUUAUUUGAAAUUGGCCUCUUUUUUAUUGGGCUUCUCUGGAGAGUUACUCCCACUCCCCAUCUCUGCAGAAGAAAAUUUUGCUCUUGUAAAACCUCAUGAUUUCAUCAUCCCCAUCUUUUCUCCCUAUUACCUCUUAUAUCUUUGCUCUUUGGCUGAGCUCAAGGUCCAGAGGUCUGUAGUAAGCCAAGAAACAAAGGAGGGAUGGAUAAUGCAGGGUUUGCAGGAGAGAGUAACUGAGGGGGUAUUUUUACUGUCAGCCCUCCUGCUAUGAAGUUGUAAAGGGCAGUCUAUGGUUAAUUGGUAGCCCUGAUGAAGCACACAGAACACAUCAGACUUACCAAGUAGAACUUGGAUUUACAAAACUAGAUGACUUCUCUAAAAGGAGCUUUGGAGACUUCAAAUUUAGCUAUAGGAUAGUACAAAUGAACACAUCCAGCUGAUCCCAAAUGCUAUUUGCAGGUAUGAGGACAAGGAGAGGAGAAAUGAGAUGACUAUCCUCUCCCCAUCUGGUAGUGACAGCCAUUUCUUGGUUGAUGGGUUGGAAGUCAUCAGAGAUCUGAAGGAUUACAUUGACCUUUGUUUUUCCAGAAAUGCUGACCAUAGAGAAGCCUUAGGGUCUUCUCAAGUGGCUUAGAUAUUAUAAUGAGAUUACAUUUACUUCAUAAGGAAAAAGCCUCUUAUAAAUUAUUCCUUGAAUUUUUCAAUAACAGCUCUUAAGAAAAUAACAGUGUGACUGAGUAAUAUAGAUAGCUUGGAUUCUUCCAGAACAUCCUCUCCCUCAAAACAAUGUAUGUCGUUCUUUGAACUUAGAGUGUGUCAUGACAUGGUGGAGGAAUGGGGGAACCACAGAGUUUAAUACUCCUGCCACUGGGCAGUACAAAUUGAGAGAGAUUCAGCAUCUUGCUGGGAUUAGAAUUCAGGUAUACUUACUCCUAGUACAUCCAUGUCUCCAGUGUUGAGACUCCAGGUGAUAGAGACUUCACUGACAAUAGAUAAGAUUGGAUAGGCAAUAUUUAUUUUUACCAGCCUGAAGAGGAACUUAAAUAAACAACAGCUUGACCCAGGGCCUGAAAGAUUAGCUCAAAUUGAAGUGUCCACUUUCUGACACUUUCUGACUUGCUUCUGAGGAGUUGAGAAGUUGAGUCUCCACGGAGAGGGUGGUGAUCUUGCCUUUGGUAGUCUCUUAGCUCUUGUGGAUUUAAAACCAAUCUGCCCCCACCCCCAAUCCUUUUUUUUUGUUUUAACCAGAUUCUUGACAAUGCAGAGCUCUGAGCAGGCACAAAGCCCAUUCUGUUCUUGUCCCUGUCAACCCCCAUCCCCCAUAAGCAGACUCACUAUCUCACCAUCAGUUGAGGUCACACCACUAGUGUCAUAUCUAUACCCCAUGGAAUGUAAAUACUGUAUCAUACGUAGAAGAAAAUAAUUUCUGUUUUCUAAAAAUGCAUUUUGAGAUAGUUUAAUGUUAAUGAAACAGGAGCAUUCUGAAGCCCCAUUAGGAAAAAAAUUAAAUGGUUCCUCUUCAUCGCCUUAAAGUCUAAAGAUCAGAAAUUGCUGAGCAACCCGCUUUUGUUUCCUUCCCAGAAACAAAGCAAAGCAACAGGUGAAGAUAGUCUGGUCUUUGCCCUGCUGUGUGUGCCUCUGUAGCUCCUCCUGACGUUAAGUCUGGGAAAACAGCCUUGCCCCACUCCUCUCUUCCCCAUCUCCUUGUAGCUUUAUUCCUUGCAUUCUUUGGGUCUACUGAGCAGAAGGUGGCGAGGUGACAGGAAGAAACCGUUAGUUCUGUAGCCUAGGAGCUACCUCAGUGUCUUUGCCAGAAAAUGGCAAAGAGGUGAACAAUCCAGGGUUCCUCCCACCUAUCUCAUCCUGGAUCAUCGUGCCCUUGAUUUUGCUGUCCCAAAGUUUCUUAGCUGACUUUGGCUUUCACAUUUGUGUUUUCCAGAGAUAAUUGAUAAGGGUGGAGGAGGAAUGCCUCCUCCUAAGAGUCAGGUGAAAGACAAGAGAGUCACAUCCCAGCUUUUGCACAAGGCACCAUGGUCAGGAAUAGGUUAGGGAAUGGUCACUUCUGAUUUUCCAAGGGUCAGUCCUUCUCUGAGGAUAUCUUGAUUCCUUUGGGAAGACAAGAGUUGUUCUUAAUGACGGAAGUCCCUUUAUGAGUUAUUCCUUCUUUCAGUUUUCAGUGGAGCACAGCCAAGAUGUACAUGUUUCUGAACAGAGCCCUAGAUAUGAAAACAGUUAGAACUGGUUUUGGGGACAAGGGUGGCUUGCUCAGGAGAAGGAAUAGUGCAAGUCCCUUUUCUUGGAAGGCUUUUACUAUGGCCAUGACAGUGACAUUGCCCUCACCGUGAUCCCUCUCCAAAGUGGUCGUCUUUCUUUACCUUGUGUCUUCUCUUGUAAAAAUGAAACUCAAAACUAAAAUAAACGUGUCAAAUUUAAAAAAAGAAAAGAAAAAAAUUGAAAAAGCUAACAUGAAUCGUGUGAAAUUGCUUAAUGCUGUAACGCUAACCUACACUAUGUAAUGCUAUCUUGUAUGUUGAAUUUGUUAAUGCACCACACAAGUGCAAAAUAAAGACUGAUUCACAUCAAAUAGGCA